CACAGCACUGGUGAGAAGAAGAAGAUGUGCGAUGGGAAUACAAAAUUAGAAGGGAAAUACAUAACGUUUAUGAUUUAAAAAAUAUAUACUGCAAACGAAAUAAUGAAGUGAAGACCACCGUGUAGGGAAAAAUACGACAAGCCGGUGCGGUGUCUUAUCGUGUCCAGUCCAGGCAGGCAGAGAUGGAGACUCUUAUUCCCAUCAUUAAUCGGCUUCAGGAAGUCUUCCUCACUGUUGGUGCUGAGAUCAUUCAGCUUCCCCAGAUCGUGGUGGUUGGGUCACAGAGUAGUGGGAAGAGCUCUGUGCUGGAGAGCUUGGUGGGACGGGACUUUCUGCCAAGGGGUUCAGGGAUAGUGACACGGAGGCCCCUAGUGUUACAGCUCGUCAACGUACCCCCACUGGAGGAGAGAAAGCACACAGACAACGGAGAUGGCACAAAACAAAACUCCCAAAACAGCUACCCAGGGAUCAAGGUUGAAGAAUGGGGCACAUUCCUUCAUUGCAAAAACCAGAUUUUCACAGACUUUGGGGAGAUUCGCAAAGAGAUCGAGGAUGAGACCGAACGCACUUCAGGGGGAAAUAAGGGGAUAAGUCCAGAGCCCAUCUACCUGAAGAUCUUCUCUCCUCAUGUCCUUAAUCUCACGUUGGUUGACCUUCCAGGAAUCACAAAGGUCCCAGUGGGUGAUCAGCCAGAGGACAUAGAGGCCCAGGUGCAAGAGAUGAUUCUGUCCUUCAUCUCCAAUCCCAAUUCACUCAUCCUGUCUGUGUCACCCGCCAACUCUGACCUGGCCACCUGCGAUGCCCUGAAGCUGGCUCGGGAGGUUGACCCAGAUGGGCGCAGGACUCUGCUUGUGGUCAGUAAACUGGACCUGAUGGACGCAGGCACGGAUGCUCUGGAGGUUCUUCUGGGUCGCGUCAUUCCGGUUCGGCUGGGCAUUGUUGGUGUUGUCAACAGGAGUCAGCAUGACAUCAAUACCCAGAAAAGCCUGGCUGAUGCAGCUCGGGACGAGCAGGCCUUCCUGCAGCGCCACUACCCGUCUCUGGCGUCCCGCUGCGGCUCGCGCUACCUGGCUCGAACCCUGAGCCGGCUGCUCAUGCACCACAUCCGCGACUGCCUGCCCGAGCUCAAGACCCGAGUGACAGUGCUGAGCGCCCAGUACCAGUCCCGGCUCAACAGCUACGGCCAGCCCGUGGAGGACCACAGUGCCACCCUGCUCCAGAUUGUCACCAAGUUCGCCACCGACUACUGCAGCACCAUCGAGGGAACUGCCCGCCACAUCCAGACCUCAGAACUCUGUGGUGGAGCGCGGAUCUGCUACAUCUUCCACGAGACAUUUGGCCGCACGCUGCAAUCUAUUGACCCCCUGGGCGGCCUGACUGAGCUGGACAUCCUCACUGCCAUCCGUAACGCAACGGGCCCGCGCCCAGCGCUUUUUGUGCCGGAGGUGUCCUUCGAACUGUUGGUGAAGAAGCAGAUCAAGCGCCUGGAGGAGCCCAGCCUGCGCUGUGUGGAGCUGGUCCACGAGGAGCUCCAGAGGAUCAUCCAGCACUGCUCCUCCUUCAGCACGCAGGAGCUCCUGCGAUUCCCGAAGCUGCAUGACUCCAUAGUGGAGGUGGUGACCGGCUUGCUGAGGAAGCGUCUGCCUAUCACCAAUGAGAUGGUCCAUAACUUGGUGGCAAUAGAGCUGGCCUACAUCAACACCAAGCACCCAGACUUCACCGAUGCUGCACAGGUCUCUGCUUCCGUCAACAGUCAACAGGCGGAGACAGUGCAGGAUGGAGGCAAACGUUGGAAGAAUGAGACAGUGGCAGAAGAGAAAGUGGCCGUGGACAAGACCUCGGCUUUCAGCAGCCCCAGCAAGGGGCAAGCCAUCAACCUUCUGGACACGGCUGUGCCAGUGUCACGGAGGUUGAGUGGUCGGGAGCAGCGGGACUGUGAGGUCAUCCAACGCCUCAUCAAGUGCUACUUCCUCAUCGUCCGCAAGAGCAUCCAGGACAGCGUGCCCAAAACAGUGAUGCACUUCCUGGUGAACUAUGUGAAGGAGCAUCUGCAGAGUGAGCUGGUAGGGCAACUCUACAAACAGCCCCUGCUGCAGGGGCUGCUCAUCGAGUCCCAGGACACUGCACAGCAGAGGACAGAGGUUGCACAAAUGCUAGAGGCUCUGAAGAAAGCCAGCCAAAUCAUCUCAGAGAUCCGGGAAACACAUUUGUGGUAGCCAGAUGCCAACCGAAGGGAAGAGCUCCAUGUCCUUGAUGGCAUGUGCCGAAAAAAAAAAGAGAGAGAGAGAGAGAGAGAGAGAGUGAGAGAGUGUUUGUGUGUGUGUGAGAGAGAGAGAGAGAAUGUGUGUGUAGAUGGAGGGACAGCCGAUCUCACACCGACCAUUACACCCUUGCCCCCAGCUGUCUGCUGUUUAUUGUGAAAGAUUUUGGUCAAUUUGUCUGUGGAAACUUUUUUCCCUGGUUUGAGAGACUGAUAGAACUGUCAUUCAGUUUUACCACACCAGGGUAGGGCUGGGUCAAUACACUGAGUUGUAGAUAGCAUCUGUGAUUGGGGGAAAAAAGAAGCUUAAAUGUUUUCAGUUGUCAGGAAUGUUUGCUUAACACAACACUGAAUAUUUAAUCCCAUAUCUGGCCAGGCCAGGCUAGUCUGCUGCUCACAGCCUGUCAGGCUUUAGCAUCGAUAACUCCACUCCAGAAACACUUCAGACUAUAGUGAUUACAAAUCAGUUUGUGUAACCAACCAACCGAUUAAGCCCUGGGUAAGGGCUGUAAGCAGGCGUGCAUACUACUGUGCAGUUGUUGCAAAAAUGUCAUGAGACUCUCACAGUUUACAUACAUUUUGUUCCCAAAUUGUAAUGAAACUGACACAAGGCAGUGUUAUUGAGGAGGGAACACAAAUUUAAAAUGAAUGUGUUUUUCAUGUAGCUUGGAUUGGGCACUGCAAAACACUUAGUUUCUCAAACCAGAAAAUGUGAACCUCACUGUUUCCUGAACAAAAAAAACAUACCAAUGUUGUAUAAACUUUCCAUUGUUACGGUAAUAUUGUAGGCAUAUUUUAUUUUAAUUAAAGUUGUACAGUUGUUUCAUGUAAUAGAGUGCUUUGCCAAAUACAGAAUACAGCAAAAUGUAGGCAUUUCUAAAAUGGGAAUUGGGUGAUAUACAGUGUGUAAAAUGUUUUACCUUUGGCGGGAUAUUUAUCCACACAAUACAUAAUUUUUCUUUCACACUACCAUCCCUCAAUUCCCUCUUGAAGUAAGGUAUCCUUCCACUGAGUAAUUGUCUCAUGAAUACAUUGAUAUGAGAGGUUUACACUUUACAGUGUUGCAUACUUUAUUAGCUACCCUUGACCUUUGAUAGAAUUAUUUAUAAAACAUAAAUAUUUGACAGCAUGUUUUUUAAAAACCAUUUAGUAACCAGCCCUACUUUUGAGCAUCGAGCAAAAUGAACGCCAUCAGUAGAUAUGCGUUGGCAGCUACAUGGAUUAGGGAUUUAGCGGUACUGAUUUGGUGCAUGAUAAAUAUGCAUGGUGGGUUAAAGAAUCUCCAGGCUUUGUCCAGUCACAGUACAAGAUACAGUGUAGAAUAGAGCUGGUGCCGCUUUAUAUGAGAGUUUCUGGUCAACCACUUUUACAUGGCAAUAAUGAGCACAACACAAAAAUUGUUUGUAUGUGAAGUGUUUCUAGACAGAUUUUACAUGCAAACCAUAAUACACUGAUCUAGAAAUUAGAAGAAAGCAGUAGUAGAAUCAGUACAAAGAACUAGCAGAUUAAAGAGCAGAGUAAAUGGUGCAAAUGUAGGAAAUUGUUUGUGAGGGGCAUUUGCAGUUUUGGUUUCCUCAAGGGGUUAAUUCAUUGAGGAACACUUUUAGCAAAACUGCUACCACAGAGGAGGGGUCCAGAGCCCCGGAGCCAGAGGAGAGCUUCUAGGGGAUGUUUAUCCUGAGCUCCCAUGAGCACUUCAGUGAAACAUUGCACAACAUUUCAGCCAUGGAAUUCACCCCUAGGGGUCUCAGGGACAGACAUGAAGCCAGUUAGGUUGAGGUCACUCUCCCACGCAGACUCAGACCCUUCAUAUCACAAUUCAGACAGACUGUCAAAGCUUGGAAGUGGGAGAGUCCCUCUGUUUGUAUGCGUCUGCUUGCGUAUGUAUUUGUGUGUCCCAUUAUUGAUGUUUAUGCUCAGCAAAAUUUACUGUCUCCAUCUUAGCAAUGCACUGACUUUGUUGGUCCUCUGACUCUGACUUGUAAUAUUGCACUGUAAAUGACAAGUUGUUACUCGUGAGUUGUUGGACACAUUAUCUAUGUGCCUGUUUCAUACUGGUACAUCAUUACAUUCCAUCUUGUUAACUUAAAUUCCACAACUGUUCUUGAAGCCAAAAGUCAUGAACAUGGUCCAUUUUUUGUAUUUAUGAUUGUGUUGAUGGUUAGAGCUUGCUGCACAGUAUGAAACCCAAGAAAGACUGACACAAAGGAUCAUCCCUGAGAAACGCUGCCUUCAACAUAGUAAGAGAGAGGGCAGUGCAUAAGAGUGUCAGUCUGUAUAUCUGUAGGUGUGUAUUUAUGUGUGAGUGAGUAUGCAUUUUGUAUUGUGACUUUGUUAUAAAUUAACUGCCUGAAAGUGCUUGCCUGCCAAUUUUGUG